GAUGCCUUCGCUUAUUUUGCGCCCUUUGAGUUUCGAACCCAUUCAAUAUGGUGACCUUUGCUCUGGCUGUUCGUUUUAGGCCCGAACAAGCAACCUCUUUGACCUAUUGAAGCUGCCUUGUUACUUAAGUUGCAUGAGGAGCCAACCUCCUCUCGCGAAGUUUCUCACACGCCUUCUACUCUCCUGGGUGCUUUUGAAUGCUGUAACGUCGAUCGCAAUGUUUCUCCCAGAUACUAUGGCGUUCGUUCGCCGAGAAGAGGGUAUUAAUUCCGGAGCCCAAAAGCCUACUGACCCUCAUGGAUUGGUCUUGGAAGGCUGGGCUCAAGGAUAUAUGGUUGGAUCCUUGAUCGUCAUGAUAUGUAUUACCAUAGCAAACAUGCGGAAAGGGGUUCUUCUACACAAACUCAUCCUGCUAGAGUUAGUUCUUGGUAUCUGGCACGGUUUCUGGAUCUUUUUUGAUCAACCCAUCUACGGCUGGUGGUUGUCUGGCAGCGCCGUUCCACUCAAUAUCUCCUGGUCGAUCCACAAUGUUAUUGCCUGGAUCAAGAUCAAACCUUUUCUAAAAAAAUGGGCAAGCUGGCUAUUCAUCGGCACCGUCAUCGCGGCCCAGCCGUACUGGGUUGUCGAAAUUUAUGCGAACUUUGCCUUUUUCCAUGGCAUCAAUGAUCUGUUCCUGAGAACAAGGCCAUGGGAAGCCUUGUGUCGGGACCCAUGGUGGAUCUUCACAACGGUAGCGCUGAUAUACAAUAUUAAAGUACGAUACGACUUGAGUAUUUGGGAAGUUAUCCGAAUAUCUCCUCGAUUUGGCGUCAUGCUUGGGGCAAUGUUUCUCUCCAUCAUCUUCAUCAUCAUCGACAUCUGUUCCGUUACCCAAGCGUUCCAGUCCAUUCUUCCCGUUGGCAUCAAUCCGUUUUGGAAACUCGCCUUUGUGUUCAAGUGUCUUACGGAUACGGUAAUUUUGGACGACUUCAAGACUGCUUUGGACCGCCUCCGGGCAUUUAAGAUGGCACGGAUAAACACCUAUUCAUUGAGCUCAGUGGACCAUCGCACUCGAGCUACGGGGACAGGGACGAUGACCGACACGGAGCCUAUAGGGGUGGAGCCUAUCGGGACGGAGCACGCGCAGAACCUGCAAGAUCAGUGGAAUCAAGCGCUGGAUUCGAUUGAAUCAGGCAAAGAGAAGAGUUCGACCGAGGCUAAUCCAGCCACCGCUCGUCACCUGGGCGAUCGCGGAGGGCCUGGUGGUAGUGCGUUUGCAUACGCUUGGGCGACGGAUCCAUCCAGACGCGGGCAAGAACGAGACAUUGAACAACGAGUGGGGCAGGUCAUCCCCGACACGGAUAGCCUGCGAACGGAUAGUGUUACGGCUUACAGUCCCCCUACCGGACAACAACGUUCUGCUGGAGCUUCCUCGGCGGACCCAUCCACACGCGGGAAAGAACGAGGCAUCCAACAACAAGUGGGACAGGCCAUUCCCGAUAUGGACAGCGAGCGAACUGAUGGUUUUCUGGCUGGUGGUCCCCCUCCCGAACAAUCACAUUCUGCUGGAGCUUCAUCGACCGCAGCAGACCGAACGCCGAAUCCGAACGUUAUCUCGGUUUCCCAAUCUUGGGAUGUUCGCACUGAACCUCACACUGGCGAGAAGGAUGCUUCAAGUCGAGCGCCAGGUGCAUGAAUGUGGCUCGAUUGCCUUUCUAUGUGAUGAAGCAAGAGGGAGGCGAAGUGUCGAUGCGCAUAGAUCUUACAUCGAAUUUGAGAUCUACUCGGAUACUCUACCUUCUUGGGACGACACCGAAGGCAUCUAAACGUGUUGGUCCGCGGGGACAGAACCAAUCUGGUU